CAACAAUAACCUUUUACCCAGAGAGCUCCCAUAGGUCCAGUGCGGGGGCAGAGCGGAGCGGAGCGCUGUGAUUGGUGCAGCCCCGGGGAUGUGAUGAUGUGGCAGACAGCACGGAAACCGUAUAGGCUCUGGUGAGACUGAAGGGGAGGGAACUUUGACAAUGAAUGUUCUGAGGACACAUGUUUACAAUGAUGGGGGAGAGAGGAGGAAUGGAGCUGCACAGGAGGAUCACCAAACACUAUGGUGCCUCUGUUGAACAGACUGACAGUCAAGGAAGCUAAUGAAAGCCUCCACAGAGGUACACCAAUGCGCUCACUGACCUGCAUUGUCGCAGGGGACACAUACCAAACUUAUGUUAGAUGAGUUAUCACGAAAGCUGAUAUCAUCACUGACUUCAUUGUUCUGUACUAAGUGAGAUACACAAUCCCUGUUCCCUAACAAACUGAUUAAAGGGGGAGAAGUCACACUGACAGGACACUCACUUCCAGGGAUGACAGAUGGUCAGCUGCUGAAACCUUCACCAGAAGAGUCUGUGUUUGGUGCCCAGCCUUCCCACAGGAUGGCAUCCACUGUGUCUGCGGGACCCCGCAGCAUCCUCGGCCCCUCGCGGCCCCCUCUGGCCGUCUGGCCUCCUCUGGACUUUGCUCUGGGAGCUUUCUCCUGCUGCGCUGCCUGUGUCUUCACCAACCCCCUGGAGGUGGUAAAGACUCGUCUGCAGCUUCAGGGAGAGCUGCGUGCACGGGGGUCCUACCAGAGACACUACCGCGGGGCCCUGCAGGCCCUGUGGGUGGUGGGCCGCACAGACGGGCUCCGGGGCCUGCAGAAGGGACUCUCUGUCGGGCUGAUGUACCAGGGUGUGAUGAACGGUGUGAGGCUGGGCUUCUACUCAUACUGUGAAUCUCUGGGUGUCACCUCCUUCCACGGGGGGAGUCUGCUGUCAGGGGCUGUGGCCGGGGCCCUGGGGGCCUUCAUUGCCUCUCCUGCCUACCUGGUGAAGACCCACCUGCAGGCUCAGACUAUGGAGGCCAUAGCAGUAGGCCACCAGCAUAACCACCUGGGAGUGUCUGAUGCCUUUGUUACCAUAUAUAGAAGAGACGGUGUAAUUGGUCUGUGGAGGGGUGUGAAUGGGGCCGUGCCUCGGGUCAUGAUGGGAUCAGCUGCUCAACUGGCAACCUUCACGUCAGCCAAGGAAUGGGUGUCACAUUCCCAGUGGGUUAGUCCUAACAGCUGGCUCACGACUUUGAUAGCCGCCAUGAUCAGUGGAGUAGCUGUCGCCGUCAGCAUGACACCUUUUGACGUCAUCAGUACACGACUAUACAAUCAGCCCGUGGAUGAGUUUCGUAGGGGGCGUCUGUACCAUGGAUUUUCAGAUUGUAUGCUGAAGGUGUGCCAGGCUGAGGGCCUGAGGGGCUUUUAUAAAGGCAUGGGCCCUGUCUUCCUGCGCUUGGCCCCACACACAAUGCUCAGCAUGCUGUUCUGGGAUCUGUUGAGGCAACAGACAGUGAAGGACUAACAAGGCUGAAACAUCCUGAACCACUGACUCCAUUCGGCUACUCUAACCUUAGCACUGAAUAUCGGACCUUCUCACAGACGAGUCAUAUCAAUCUUCUCUUCUAACAUUUUCUCAGAACAAGAAUGAGCGUAUUUUACGUGGAACAAUUUAAGUGACACUCCCUGUGUUUGAAGAAAAGAAGAUGGAUCAGCAUUAAAUGCUUCAUAAAGUUUGAAACAUGUUGCACAGACUCAAACUAAUGUUUUCAGGGCUUCCUACAAUUUCUUAAAUAUAUUUAAAUGUAUGCUGUUAAACUACCAAGUUUUGCCUUUAAUACCUCAAAAUGAAUUGCAUGUGUCUGCUGGCAGUAAAGCUAAAAAGAGAGGAGAGAGUCCUGAUGGCUCGCAGUCAUAUUAAUUCAGUUCAGAUGAGAUAAAAACACAAGCCUGGAUUAUUAAAACACGAGCUCUGUAUUAUAUGUAUCUCCCAGUGUGGCUGUUGUGAUUUGUUGCAGGUUAAAUCAUUCUAUUUGCCUUGUCUGUUAAAUGUGAAAAAAAACAUCGGAUGGGAAUGUUUUUAUUUGCUGACAUAUCAAAUUGAGGUUUUUAUGUAAGGCAAGGCAAGGCAAGGCAAGCUUAUUUAUAUAGCACUUUUCUGUACGCGACAAUUCAAAGUGCUUUACAAAACAAAUUAAAAUACUUUUUAUGAAUAAAUACAGUAAAAACACAUUAUAUAAUGUACAGAAUUGUAACCUAAAAGUACUUCAAGCCUUUGAAUAUUAACAAUAAUAAGUUGUUUUGUAUGAAAAGUAUUUAAUACAUUCGUUUGUAUCCUCUUGGACAUAAUUGCAGCAUCUUUUAAUUACAUAAUAUCUAAGAUGCAUUGUAAGCAAAGGGUGAUUCUAUUUAAUCUGGUUAAACAGGGAUCUGUUAGCCUCGUUUUUGAGAGGAUUUCAGCCUCUUUGAUCAGCUAAUGAUUAGAAUGACGAACGAACUCCAAUCACAUUUGACCUUUGGACCUUAAACAUGGAGCUCACUAAGGGGAGGAAAUAAAGGCAGCGUGAAGGUUUGGCACUCAGCAUUAACUGACUUGUAGUUUCUAAACAGGUUUUUAGAUUGAAAAGCAUGGGUGGGUGAUCAUAGCACGGUAUCUACUGUAUAUUAUAAGGAAACCAUAAAAAUGUUCUUUCCCUUCUCCUGGAUCCUGGGAAUUUUUGAAUGGAUUAUUUUAGAUUCCAACCCACUAGACUGUUUUUUUCAAGGUGAGUCGAUCGUAUGUUUAUAUCUUCAUCGCAAUAAAAAUCAGACUUUGGGUAGAGUACUUUCUUUGGAUA